AUGCUCCCCGCGAUUGUCGCGGCUUGCGCUGCCUCUGGCAUCGCAAUGUUGUACUUCACAGGCUUGACCUUUCGACCUCAAGGUCCUGCGUGCACAACCCUUCAUGGGCAAUACAUCCCACAGCUGUAUGUUGGCCCAAAGUACGUGGAUAUGGAAGAGCAGUUUAUUGGUCGUGCAAAGCAGGCUGACUUGGACAAACCGUACCACAUUGAGCAGUUAGUUCCAGCCAACAUGCACCACAGGUCGGACACACUGGACCUUUCAGCGGUGGGUGAUGACGCUCAGCCAAAAUGGUGGAUGAGCCACUUCCUUGCUGCUUGGAAUGGCAGAGUGACCAACGCCGAGCUUCUUAAAUGCCUGACCAGCCUCAACCAAGACCACAGUGAUCUGGUUACAGCCGCACAAGCGCUCCUCGGUCAUGGUCAGACCCUUCGACAAGUUGACACGACCACCGCCUCAGUUGUCCAGGAGGCAGUUAAGCAUCUGCAUGACAAAUUGGCACAUGCUGCUGCACUUGCUGAUCUCACAUACCAAGUCACAUACGAAGGCCUGACAACUGGCUUGAAGUCACAAUUGGACCAUCAGGAGCGCAUUAAGUCAGUUGUGGAAGGCGACUCAGACACCGAUUAUGGGAAGCUCACCCUUAAGAACGGUUCAACGCGUGACGCUACUUUUGCGGAGUUCCUGCUUGGGCGGUCAUGGGCAUGUAUUGAAACGAGCCAACAUCGACAUGCUGUGCUUAUCGGUACCAAAGUUGAUAUGCCUCAUCGAUGGGUAGAUGAGGAACCAGUCUUGCAUAACAGUGCCAAAGCCCCGUCGGAGUUAAACGACGCUGGCCUCGAGUUCAACAUCGCUGUUCGAGGCAGUUACCCCCCAACCAAGAUGAACAUGGCCAUGUUAAACGACUGGCUUGGUGGGAACCUGCGGAUGUGUCCUCACACCGAGCCUGCUGGUGGAAUACUUGGCAAUACCGAAGCGAUCCAGUGCCAAGGCUCCUGGAACGGGUGGGAAUGCAGCACAAUCAAGUGUAUGAAAUCAGUCUCUCUGGAGAUCGGACAGGGGUUUCAAACGGACUGA